CAUAAUGGAUCAUCAAUUUAACAUAACCACGAAGUUUCAAGCCCUGAUCUCUAUAAUGUAUAUAGAGAUCAGUGUAAAUAAAUAUUUUGACAGUUUUGAAAAAAAAUUUGUCUCUCUUUAAUCGAUUGUCUUUAAAUAAAGAUAAAAUUCUUUUAUUAAAGAUGGUGCAUUUUUAAUUUUGUUGUAAAUAUUUCUAAAUAACUAAUAAAGGAAAUAAAUUUUAUUUAAAACGAAUUAAGUUCAAAAAAAAAAAAAAAAAAAUGAAUCCAUCAGUUAUAAAUUGGGAAGCAGAGCAUCGUCAAACUCUUCUUCAAAGUAGAUCAGCUCUUGAAAGAUCAAAUCAAUCGGUUGUAAGAUCACAAGCAGUUGCUCGUGAAUCAGAACAAAUUGGUACAGAAGUAAUAACAGAAUUAGGUGGACAACGUGAAUCACUUCUUCGCGCUAAAGAACGUCUUUCGCAAACCGAUCAAGAUCUUGAUAGAACAAAAAAAAUUAUGCGCACUAUGAAAAGACGAGUUUUACAAAAUAAAUUUGUUUUAAUAAUAAUUAUCAUCUUGGAAAUUACAAUUUUAGGAAUUAUAAUUUAUAUGCGAUUUUUUAAAAAAUAAAUCUUAAUUCAAAUUUGAAAUUUAUUUUUUAAGAUUUGUUAUUGUAUAAUAUAAAUAAAAUUUAAAUAAAUAAAUAGAAAUUACAAA